ACCCUGGACAUUUUUUGCACAUGAGCACCCAGACACCUCAAAGCAUUGCUGCUCACCUAGAUACCCAGGGUCCAGUUGAGAGUCCCAGAGCUAUUUUCCAUACCAAUGAAAAUGACCCAGUGAAAACAUUACAUGAAGCUUGCCUGAUGGUAAGGAAACCAGCCCUAGAGCUUCUGCGUUGCCUGAAAAACACCAAUUUUGCUCAUCCAGCUGUACGAUAUCUUCUCUAUGGGGAGAAGGGAACGGGAAAAACCCUCAGUCUUUGCCAUGUUAUUCGUUAUUGUGCAAAACAGGACUGGCUGAUACUGCAUAUUCCAGAUGCUCAUACCGAAGAAGGGAAAAAGGAGCUUCUGUUCUUGAGCAACGCGAACCCCUGGCAGUUGGAGCGGAUCUGUGCCUACCUGUGAGCCUGGGUCACGACAUGCCUGGGAGACAAUGAACAUCUCCUUCAAGCUGGACCCAAGCAGGUGGGGAAGGCCCACAGUCCCCAGGAGGAGCAACCAGGCGCCUCUACUUAGGGGACUGCUCGGGACUGCAGCUGGCUCCAGGCCCUCAUUGUUCCACUGUGAGCACGCGGCAAUAACAUAGGCCCUUGUUCCUGAAACUAACGUUAGUUUAUUGGAUGUGGUUUUCCCAUUUAAGAUGAUUGUGGAUCUUUUCCCACAAAAUAAAAUGAAAUACCUUUUAAA